AAAGCAUGACUUGAAAACUACUCACAACUAGAAUGGAAAAAAUGCAAAACACCUUGAGAGAAACUUGGAAUUAGCUAUGAUCAACUAAAAUCGUUGGACUUGAAUAUCUUUGACAAUGCCCAAGUUGGUUCUAAAAGCUGGGAGCAGACCUCCAUGGGUGGGUCUUGCAGCUGCAGUUUGGGUUCAAAUAGCUGCUGGCAAUGUCUACAACUUUCCCCUCUACUCUUCUGCUCUCAAAUCCGUGUUGGGUCUCAACCAGCAGCAGGUGUCUUUUCUCGGAGUGGCUAAUGAUGUUGGGGAGAGUGUGAGCCUGCUUCCUGGUCUUGCUAGCAAUAAGUUCCCACCUUGGGCUUUGCUUCUUGUUGGUUCUGUUCUUUCUUUCUUGGGUUAUGGCCUUAUCUGGCUUGCUGUUACCCAAACUGUUUCCAGCCUUCCCUAUGUGGUGCUAUGGCUCGCUCUUGCUGUUGCCACUAACAGCGGUGCAUGGUUUGGCACGGCCGUGCUUGUUACCAACAUGAGGAACUUUCCUCUCAGUAGAGGCACCAUCUCUGGCAUUCUCAAAGGUUAUGUGGGGAUUAGUGCUGCAGUGUAUACAUUAAUAUAUAGCACACUGCUUAAAGGGUCUGCUUCUAAAUUACUCUUGUUCCUAGCAAUCGGGGUCUCUAUUGUGUGUUUAGUUAUGAUGUACUUCAUUAGGCCUUGCACUCCUCCUUCAGGAGAAGACUCUUCAGUGCAUGUCCAUUUUAUUUAUACCCAAGCUGCAAGUGUUUUACUUGCCUCCUAUCUUGUUACAACCACAGUAGCAUGUGACAUUGUUUCCAUAAGUGAUUCUGUUUCCUACAUCCUAGUUGCCAUAAUGGUUAUACUUCUGAUGACUCCCCUUGCAAUUCCUGUUAAAAUGACACUAUUUCCUUCCGAUGCAAAGAACAAAGUUCCAACGGUUAGUUCCUCAGAUCAGUUAGAUGAUGUUUCAAUGCAGACAAGUCCAUUGUUGACACCAUCUUCUUCAACUGCAUACCUUGAAAGUUUUCAUGAAAGUGAGGAUACUUCAGAUGUUGAGACUCUUAUUGCAGAGGGGGAAGGAGCAGUUAGAAAGAAAAGGAGGCCUAAAAGAGGAGAUGAUUUCAAGUUUUUUGAAGCCUUGGUCAAGGCAGAUUUCUGGCUUCUUUGGUUUUCUUACUUUCUUGGAGUAGGCUCAGGAGUAACAGUUCUCAAUAAUUUAGCUCAAAUUGGAGUUGCUUUGGGAGUAGAAGAUACCAGCAUAUUGCUGUCUGUUUUCAGCUUUUGCAACUUUAUAGGGCGUCUUGGUGCUGGCAUUGUUUCUGAACACUUUGUUAGGUUGGUAACACUGCCAAGGACAUUUUGGAUGACAAGUACACAAAUCAUUAUGAUCAUAGCAUUUUUACUUUAUGCUUCAGCUCUGGAUGGCACUCUUUAUGCUGCAACGGCUGUGCUUGGGAUCUGCUAUGGGGUUCAAUAUUCUAUAAUGUUUCCAACUGUCUCAGAGCUUUUUGGUUUGAAGCACUUUGGUGUUAUUAGUAGCUUCAUUAUGCUAGGCAAUCCGGUUGGUGCCCUUCUUUUCUCUGUUUUCCUUGCUGGCAAUGUGUAUGACACAGAAGCUGCAAAGCAAGGAAACUCCACCUGCUAUGGCGCAGAUUGCUUCAGGCUCACCUUUCUUGUUUUGGCUGGUGCCUGUGGACUUGGUACCAUCUUGAGCAUCAUCUUGACAGUUAGAAUACGACCGGUAUAUCAAAUGUUGUAUGCAGGGGGUUCAUUUCGUCUGUCGCGGACUUCAAACCACUGAUAGCAUGUUUGGUUUCAUGUUUGCACAGAGUCCAAUGAAUAUUUACUACUUAUGAGAUUGGAAAGAUUAUAGGUGAUGCUUGGUACAAGAUUUAUCAAAUAUCUUGAGCUAUUCUUCAAUGAGCAUAUAGCAAACACUCUAAGCAUAUUUAUGGCUUUGAUGUGUUAUUUUGGCUUAUAUGGGAUACAAUUAUGGGAAAUUGUCUACUCUUUUUGUGAUCUUCAGAAUGUGGUCAGGGUCUUUUGGAGAUAGAUUUGUGAACUUCCCAAUAUUUAAACAAUUUUUGUUGUGUCAUACCAUGAUGCUAUAUUGGAAAUUAUAGGUGAUGCUUUACAUUCCCUAAAAUUUCCCCUAGUUUCUUCAGGAUCUUGUAUAUAAAUUGAAAUUGCUAAAGGGUUCUCUCAUGGCAUAUUUAAGUGUUUUUGGUUUU